AAAAAAUGUAUAUUUUUUAAUUGGACAGGUCUCGUCAGGACAGCGAGCGUCUGACACGGGCCUUUCUGAAAAGGUCGGGUUAAAGUUCCAGUUAUUUCUACAGCCACACUGCCCACUAAAUAAACAGCCUCACUGUGCAUCCGCAUUCACAAAGACCAGUUCAGUGGUCAGCUCCAAGCCCAUAGACCCACAUCAAAUACACUAGAACACUAACCUCUACUGUAAGCUGGUGCUUAGACAGCUAACUGCCAGGAAUUUCAGAUUGUUUUUUCCUGUAAACCACAUAGAAAUGUACACAAUCAUAAUUAAAAGGUCAUCAUGGAGACCAAUCAGUACAUACCACAUGGUUACUUUUUGUAGGCUAGUGUGUCAUUCAUUGAAACUAUUUAGGUAAUGUUUUGCAUCACUUCAAGAUAGCGUUAAAAAUCAUUUGUCUUAAGGCAAUGCUAUUUAAUGUUGUGUAGUCUGCAGGUAAGAGCCUAAUAUGUCAUAGUGAACAAAAAGGCAUUCAGUAUAACUGAGUGAUAAAAUAAGCAUAUUAUUAAUUUUAUCAUCAAAAAUAUAUUAAAAACAAAAGAAGAAAAUGGUGUCACAUAGUACAUAUAGAUGUAAUAAAUAAUCACAGAGUCCCUUCCUUGAGAUCUCAGACAUCACAUGACAAAGCUUCAAGGGCUUCAUCCUGUCAGGUUGUCAUGGGAACCGUGUAUCCCUCCCCACUCUGCCUUGUAGUCCCUCAGGAGAACGCUGUGCACCUCUGAAUUCCCCGGUGCACGGCUGAAAACAAAACCAAUCUCUCCCAACCUGUUAGAUAACAUCCGAGAGGGGAACCUGCAUCCAUGAAAUGCACGAGUGACCCGGCGCCUGUGACAUCUAUUUAAACGAACUGUAGUGCUCGAAUGUGGAGGCUGAGAGAGGGAAAAAACACAUCUCAUUUAGAUUAAUGAGAGGCUUUGCGCUUGGCCACUGAAUGUUAUGAUCACGCGAUCUCGCUGUUUGAGGAGUGGCCCUCCCUAGCAGAUGAACAAUAUAAUUUCACCAAGGUGGUGCAUUCAGGUCUCUUAUUAUUCCAGCCGCUGUACAAUAUUAAAAUUCCCACACAUUUAAAUGCAUGGGUUGCAAAUAUAGGCAACUAAGGACACACCCUAGAAUAGAUGAUAUAGGCCUCAAAUAGGUCAACACAUCACCUGCCUUAAAACAUCAGCAAUUGCACUCGAUGGAAUGUUGUGUUUUCUGGUUAUUUUGUUGUUCAUCUUGAUUUCUUUGUUUAUCUGUGUUCACUUGAUUAUAAGGUAGAAGUACGAAGGCCAAGAUUUUUGCGGAGUGCAGUGUAUGUUGUAGCGUGUGGAGUUGUGUGCAUUUCCUCAUAUGUUUUAGUCCUUGGUUCACCUGCAGGAGGAGCUGUGGCUCGCUGCAGCCUGACUGGAGCAGAGGAGAGAGAUCCCUCUUUUUCUCCUUCAGUGGCAUGAAUAAUAUCCCCAGUGCUGGAGAGAGAGCAUAUCAAGAGGCAAACGGGAAGGGGAGAGAGAUAGCAGCCAGUGUGACAGAUAAGAGUGUGGCAGAACUUGUCUCUCUGACUGCACCGUGGGCAGGGGAAAGAGAGAGCAAGUGCACCAGAGUUUCAGGCAAGGCUGCUGCCUGCACGCUCACAAACACACUAACUCACACACGCGCACACACACACACACCACACAUACACAAACACCACACACAUACACACACACACCCCUCAGCCUGGCUGCACCAGAAGAAGUUCAGAGAGAAGACUGACCUCAAGAAGGUAUAGUAUGUUUGUGCGUCUCUAGUCAGGAAAUCAUAUCUCAUGCAGCCAUGUCCCCUCUUUACAUCUGAAACAUUACUAGCAAAUCAACUGUGUUAAGCUCACUUGAUGCUCCACUUUGUUUUUCCAGGUGGGUUGGCAGAAGUUUGGUCUGUGGAUUCACUCGAGAAUUAUGGCUUUGCGAAAACUGAGCCUUCUAGUCCUGUAGAGGAGUUGUGUGUUUCCCCCCCCUCCAGAAGAACUUGUCUCACGUUUGCAGCCCGCAGGAGGAUGGAGAAGCUGUCAGGGAAAGACAAGGAGCUGAUACGAGGCAGCUGGGAAAGCCUGGGCAAGAACAAAGUUCCUCACGGUGUGAUCAUGUUUUCCAGACUGUUUGAGCUGGACCCUGCGCUCCUCAGUCUUUUCCACUACAGUACAAACUGUGGCUCCACACAAGACUGCCUCUCCAGUCCUGAGUUCCUGGAACAUGUCACUAAGGUGAUGCUUGUGAUCGAUGCAGCAGUCAGCCACCUGGACGACCUUCACUCCUUGGAGGAUUUUCUGCUCAACCUUGGGAGGAAGCAUCAGGCAGUGGGAGUCAACACACAGUCAUUUGCUGUGGUGGGUGAGUCCCUUCUCUACAUGCUGCAGUGCAGUCUGGGCCAGGCCUACACAGCGCCUCUGCGUCAAGCCUGGCUCAACAUGUACAGCAUUGUGGUGGCAGCCAUGAGCCGAGGGUGGGCCAAAAAUGGCGAGGACAAGGCCGACUGAGGCGCCCAGCGGGAACUGCUGAGCAGUUGCUGUCAAAUCACUCAUCAUGGUUGCCAUGGAAUAAGGUUGUGUAACUUGCAGCGUUUGUGGCUUUGGCUGCUGUACAUUUGCUCUGUGAGUGGGGUCACGUAGUGUAGCAAAUGUAUGGUGUGGUUACACUUUACAGUUGGAUUGACCGGUCGCAGAGUUUAUUUUCUUCGCUGUUAGCUAACAGGCAAUGCUGCUGUACAGCUGCGAGGGUCUGAGCCAGCCUGCUCUGGUUCCUCUAGGUCUGGACCAGAGAAAAAGCAUCAAGGAUAACUGUUGAGUCUUUGUAUAUAAUGGCUUUGAUAUAUCUAUUCAAAUGAUAACAGUGACUGUAGUGGUCUUUGUGAUGUAUCUUAAAAGAGUUGCACAGUUGUGAAACACUAGAUCUUGUAUUUAGGCAUCACACACUACUCAAACUGUGAUGGUUACUGAGGCCAGCACGGCAGCUCUUAAUCUAACUGGAACACAGUGACACUUUACAAAAUAUGUUUUGGGACAAAGCAAUGUGAUUUUACAGAAGAUUUAUUUAUCACCUUAAUCAUAAUCAUUACUGUGUUUUUUUAUGGUAAUUACACAUCAUUACACCUCUUUUUUGACUUUCUUAUCUAACUUUGAACCUAUUGACAAUAAGCAAAGUACAUUUUUAAAACAAUGUUUAAUAGAUACUGACAAGAACUGUUAUACUCUCUCAUAGCUUUCUUCAGUGAUCUAUGACUGUUACAGCGUCCUUGUGCACCUUACUUUACAUGGUGUGUGAUGCUCUCCUCAGUAGAGGUUGUGAGUAUUUCAAUAGGCUUCAUCUGACUGUUAAACUCUAACCAAUAGACUGUUAUGUGACCUUUAGAGUUUGGAAGUAAAGGGCAUCUUGAAGGAAUUAUAACAUCUUUGUUCCUUGGCUAUCAGUUUCCAGUCAUUGUUGGUGUGAAGUAGUUUUGUUGUACUUUAGUCGCUUAUCUCAGUAAUGCUUAUUACCUGUGUUGUCGUGGCUACAAAUGUAGUAUUACCUCUGCUUUAGAGGCGGCCACAGAGCUUCUACAUGAAAACUGGAAGUGAAUAUUUGUUUUGGAUUAUGACACAAAGGAACGCUUAAUAAUGAUUUUCUUCUUAAUUUAUUGAUGCAUUAUAAUACUGUCUGCUAAUACUGUCCAAUAUGUGUGUAUUAUUACUGCUGCCAUAACACUGUAUGUAUCAUCCUCAGCUGUUAUUUACAUUCAUGGUCAUAAUGCCAAGUAACUUAGCAACAGUGCGCCAAGUAUUAGAUAAUAACACCAUACAACUGUAAAUCCAAGCUGCUGAUAUGUGGUUAUCGCUUUAUUUUGAGUUUACAUUUAUAAAAUUUAUUUUUAUAUUCUGAAAUGUAUGUGUAGUUUAAAGGGAUUGAUUUUCCUUCAAAUAUGAUGUCCACCAGCUAUUUUACCUUGUGUGGAUUUCCAGUACAUGAACUUAAACCCAAUAUAAGAAAAAACUGUCAGCUUUGAGGAUUAAUAUUCAUCUUAACAUCUUGUUGCCUUUAAAGUGGCAGAAUAGUAUGAAUUAUAAAGGUUUCAGUUAAUCAGAAUAAUAUGAUAUUAGCAAUUUCUAAAUGUGCAAUCUUUACAGAAAAUGAUAAAAGCAGAGUUUUAUAUGAAUAUAUUUUAUCCCUGAAUAGUCUAUUCAGUCUGUUCUUUCCAGCCCACAGGUGUAAUGUUUGUUAAACUGACUGUGUAGGUGGUGUUUUUAUAGUGUUUCUUUUCUUAGUAUCAGUACAUGGCCCUAUGCAGGUUGUUGUUCUCCGUCUCUAUUUUCAAUUAGCUGACAGUAGGUCUUUUUAGCAGGCGUGACUGACAGCUGGCUGGAUGUUAUGUUAUGUUAAAUCCAGUCCUGUACAUAUUGGGUGUGUCACUGUCUACCUCAUCAUUAUCAGCUGCUAUUGAACAGCGAUGACUUCACCUAGUUAUCCUUCAACCAAAAAAACAAAAAACAAAAAACCACACAUUAUUAGAAUUAAUGCAAGCACGCACUCUUUGUAAACUGGAUUUCCAUGCUACACUUUAAAAAAAACUUGUUGUGUGCUUACUUGAGACUAAAUAAAGUGAUCUGUGGAUAUUUUGCUGCUAAA